GCUAAAGCAGUAGAAGUAGUAAGACUGCAGAAAUUUCAGAUGACGGUGUGGGAAAUUAAGAUGACGGAAACAUCAGGUUCUUUUUGUUUUUGGAGCUAUCUUCCGCAUGCUUUGGCAUUGCUGUUCUUAUUCCCUCUAUCUCGCCCCUGCUCCGCGUGUACUAGUUUGUCACUACCCGGCUUAAAAAGAGGAGUCGGACCUUCCUCUCGAUCCACCAGCUCUGUUUCGUCAAGUUCAACAGCUAGUCUUUCGUCACGUUUAAAUGGUUCCUGGCGAUGGGAUCGCGACCGGCAUGCCUGGGCCUGGCAUCAGGACCAGCGUCCACCAGUACCACAUGUAGAACCUCGUGAAUCUGUGGAUGCGGAGACUUUGCGGAGACAAUACCAGCAGAGACCGGGACGCCGGAGAAGGUUUCAUGUUGAGGAAGAAGAAAUACGGGAGAUCAUAAGGGAAGAAGAUGGGGAGGACGAUACAACAAGAGGACCCGACAUAUCAGAUCAUGGGAGAAGAUUCAAGAGCGAAGAUCCAGAUCGAGAAGAAAUUCUAGAGCAUGGCAACGAAGGACCUGGCACAGAAGCUUCUGCUACUUCCCUAGCAAGUACAGAGUCCCUCUCUAGUACAACCCCGCUUACAGAACCUUCCUCCCCCGCUUACAGAACGCAGCUUACAGAACCUUCCUCCCCCGCUUACAGAACGCAGCUUACAGAACCUUCCUCCCCCGCUUACAGAACGCAGCUUACAGAACCUUCCUCCGCCGAAGACUCGUCCACUGGUGUCAACAGUGUAGUUCCUGGGUCUUCUACAAGUACUCGUACCCUCUCCGUAGAUGAAGAUCCGAGUGCGGCAGAUGGAUGUCGUCCGAAUGUCCG